UACGCUACGUAGCUAAUGAGCCAGUGUGCACCAUCGUGAGUGGAUCCGAGCUGAACUUGACCUGCAGCUCUGAAACUCACAGAGACCCACAGACACACACAUUCAUGUGUGGCUGCUUUGUUCCGGCUCUCCACACUAAUCCACGUAUCCAGCGUAACACCCGGACUAAAGCCAGCGUGUAUCUUCAGUGUGACGCCUUGCGUGCUGAACCCUGAACAUGGCCACAGACGAGCUCUCGUCCAAGCUCAGCCGUCGGCUGCAGAUCGAGGAAGGGGCCGAGGAACCUGUCGCUGUGGACGGGCCCGGAGGACACCUGAACGGCUCGGAAGAGAAACCAAGCACGGCCAACGCUGACUCCGAGCUGGGCGCUAAACUGAUGCGGAGAGAGGAGCUGAACGAGGGCCAGGGGGAGCGCUGCCAGCCCAGCAUGAAGGUGUUCAACCCCUACACCGAGUUCAAGGAGUUCUCCAGGCAGCAGAUCAAAGACAUGGAGAAGAUGUUCAAAAUGUACGACGCUGGGAAAGACAACUACAUCGACCUGAUGGAGCUGAAGCUGAUGAUGGAGAAGCUCGAAGCUCCACAGACACACCUCGGCUUGAAGAACAUGAUCAAGGAGGUGGACGAGGAUCUGGACAACAAGCUCAGCUUCAGAGAGUUCCUGCUGAUCUUCAGGAAGGCAGCAGCAGGAGAGCUGGCAGAGGACAGCGGCCUCUGUGUCCUCGCUCGUCUCUCUGAAAUCGAUGUCUCCACAGAGGGAGUCAAAGGAGCCAAGACUUUCUUUGAAGCCAAAGUCCACGCCAUCAAUGAGUCCAACCGGUUUGAGGCAGAGAUCCGCCAGGAGCAGGAGGUCAAGAAGAAGCAGGCCGAGGAGCAGAAACAGAGACGUGCCGCUUUCAAAGAACUGCAGUCAGCCUUCAAGUGACCGCCUCGCUCUUCUCUCAGGACCUGUCGCUCUCUGUGCUGCACUAAUGCUGUCAGUUUAUCAAUGUGUGUGUGUUUGAAUGCUCUGUGUGUGUGUCAGACAAUGGUAGCCCUGAGCCAAAUAGAGGCUCCAAGUGGUCUCGCAUGCUGGUCACUAGUCUACAACUGUACCAUGAACUGAAUACCUUAAGAACAAUCUAUCAGAUAAAGAAUCAUCCAUUCAUGUCGCUCUGUGGCUCAUUAACAGUCUCAUCAAAAAUACAAAUUCAGUAGUAGUUUAGAGUAACUGCAGCAGGAUGUCCAGUCGAUCAGCGUGUACUGAGCUGAAUGAAUGGAUGAUUCUUACAGUGUCUGUCAUCCAUCCAACACCAAAUAUGUGAUGCACUGCAGGAAAUGGUUGGAAUGAUUGUCACCAUGAUAUCUUUCCAGAGUAGUAAUGUUCUGCCUCAGAGUAUUCCAAUGAUUGGAGCUGACACCAGUACACUGUAAAGUGACUCAGUGUCCAGUUCUUGGUACUUGUGUAGACUAGUGAUGAAUGCAUGCGUUGCACUGUCAAGUGUCCGUCAGCGUCUUUACUCAUCGCUGAACUCCACAAUCAAAUCCACAGAGACUCUUUGCACACAUCUGCCACACAAAAUUCGGUCAGUGUUAAACGUUGAACAAAUAGCUGAGCUCUGCAUUUUUACGGUCAGCUCUUAUUUUUAUACUCUGGGUUUGGGUGGGUGGGUAUUACUAGAUCUAGUAGUUGUGGGUUGAACUGGUUGUGGUGAUGCCCAUGGGUUUUUUUCAUGGAUCCUCUGAAGCACAGACAACUUUAAAAUUAGUCUUUUUUGUAGAAACAUAAAUCACUCCUAGUUUUAGCCUUUAUUCCCAUCAGCUCUGUUAACACUUUAUUCAUCUGCCUCAGUGCUGAGAUCUGGGCAGGGACUUCAUUUCAACUACAUUAGUCACAAAUGUCAAAAUCAAUCAUCUGGAAGUGAAAGUUCCACAUGGUCCAGGAACUACUUCCUAGUUCCAGUUUGUUGUUGUUCCCAUGGUUGCUAUAAAUACAUACAUUACUUAAAUAGAUGAGUGGUUUGGAUCAGAUGGCCAGAGCUCAACGGUGAAGGAAGUGAGUGAAAUGUUUUCACACCUGAUAGGAACAAUGGGCAAAACUAUGCAAAAUAAAUCCAGGCUUUUUCUUUUUGUAAAGAAGUGUUGCCACUGUGCGCUCGCUCUGCUGGACGUGUCAUCAUAGCACUUAGACCAGGCCACUGUGCACUGAUGUAAAGUCAGUCAUGAGUUUCGUGAGUCAGGGUGCGUCAAUGCUCUGUAGUUUUGAUAAGGGAAGGGAAGAUGAUGAAUCACACUUCCUCUUCUGUGAAAUGCCUCAUCAAAAGAAGAAGAUGAGUAUCACUUCUUGCUUGUUCAGCAGCCUUGAAUGCCAAUCAGCUCACUUCCUGUGGCUCAUGAGGUCCAGCUUGUUGUCUGUAAUCAGGUAAAUCUUUUUAGCCAAGAGAUUUGCACACUUUGCACCUACAUGGUAAUUUGAUACAAGUAAUCAAGAGAUCGUAGAUUUAUCCUUGAUACGAGUGUUAACAUUGGUUCAAAAUGACGAGCUUGUGUUUGAAGCUCGAAGUGUUAAUCCUAAAGAUCGUUUUGUGGAUUGUGUUCACACAUUCAAAUCAGCAGAGUUACUAACGGGCCAUGAAUGAACAAACAGCUGCAUGUUACAAACAUCGAUGCUAAUACAACUCAUAACCUUCAUUAAUUCUCUCUUACUAAGUGACAGUUGUCAUGGUUGCAUGUUAUUGCAUUGCAUUUUUAAAAGGGACCAAACCUUUCUGCACAGUUACUCCGCCUCUGAUGCUUCCUCACAUUCCUCCUCAGGUGGUGUUCAGUGUUCCUUGCUCCACAUUUGAGUCAUGAAGAGAACAAAUUGCCUUAGUUACUGACGGGGCAUGCAGUAGGAGUGACGGUGCAUUUUAUAAAUGCAUUGCAGUAAUGUUACAGUGUGAAGUUAGAUGUGGACUCUUCCAUAUAUUUCCUGUCAGUAGUGGAGCAACAGCAGAUAAAGUGAUUGAACCAUAUUCAUGUUUAUUGAGUGGGAGCAGAGUGGUGUGAUGGAUUGAUCAUGUGGAUGUGGAUUUUAAAAGUUGUGUACCCAAAAGAAACUAAAGUGAAACCUAUUUUUUACUGAUGUGACUCCCACACACUGUCACGUGAAGUCAGCAUCUCAUCAGUGAUGUCAUGUAAUGUGUUUGACCAUACGGCCUAGCCUUAAGUGUAUUCAGAAGCAUUCCUUUUUUUUUAAUAUAGAUCUUCAGGAUUAUCACUUUAAAUCUUUCAUUUUUGUGUCAUGGCACGAGACAUUCAUAUAAUAACACGUCAUGGCACAUUGUGACUGAAGUGUUGAAUAAUAAAUGAUAGAACAAAUCUUUUUAUCACAGUAUAAACAUUUCAAUAAAAAUCUGUCCUCAGUUCGUUGUUGGUGCUCUUCGGUGAGCUGGAGGACACCCGAUGAUGUAAAUUGGAAGACGCUCGUGUGUAGUUGUAUUUUUGGGUUUUGUCUGAGCUGUCAUGUUUGUCCUGGUGUGUAUUGUAUAGUAUAUACAGUAAGGCUCAUUGUUUUUAGUUUUGUCCACACAGUUCAUAUGUGGUGUGUUGUUUCCUGCUGACACUGGUAGCUAUAAUAUUUAGAUCUUUGUGCUGAUACGUGGGGUUUUUCUUUCUGGUACUGAUUUCCCUAAAUUCCCUGAAUAUUUAAUAGAAACAUUAAUUUUCUUUUGUUUCUCUUGGAAAAAUUAAAAAAUGAUGAGCCUUAAUUAUAUAUGCAAAUCUCUCAUUGUUCAUUGUCCAGGACAACAACUGUAUGACGUAGUGAACGGGUAACAGCAAACAAAAGCAUCAUUCAUUUUACACUUCGUUCCAUGAAACGAGCUAAUCACUGGUGGAGAACAGAGACUGUGUUGGUGCGCAUACAGUGGAUUCCAUGAAUUGUCGUCCUCCCACUUCAUUCCUUCAUGUCCUUAUUGUCACCAGAACAGUGCCAAAUGUUUCAGCUGCUGUCAUUCUGCCCGAUGCAGUGGAGCUGUUCUCUACAGCAACAAAAAUGUGAAUUGAAAUGAUGUUGACAAUAACAAUGACAAAAUAUAGUUCUAUAGAAAAU